UUAAAAGCAAAGGAUGAAAUUCGUGCGAUAUUUAUACUUUUGCAGAAUCCGAUAUUUAGUAAUCAGUCGUCGUAUAGUGUUUUCGCACAUUUGAUGAAACGUAUUAUAAGCCUUAAUAGCGGAGACCAUCAGCUAUUGAUUCAUUGGUUUUCAAAAUUAAAAGCAAAGGAUGAAAUUCGUGCGAUAUUUAUACUUUUGCAGAAUCCAAUAUUUAGUAAUCAGUCGUCGUAUAGUGUUUUCGCACAUUUGAUGAAACGUAUUAUAAGCCUUAAUAGCGGAGACCAUCAGCUAUUGAUUCAUUGGUUUUCAAAUUUAGAGGCAGAAAGGCUGCGAUUGCUUGUAAAACGAUUGUUACAAUUCAUAACAAUCCGUGAAUUUCCUCCCAAUAAUCGCCACAAAUUGCCGUCAAUUAGCAAAAGUAGAUUUUGGAUUCCGUGCGCCACUCGUGUUCUCGCACUUAUCAACGCCGCUAACAAUAAAGUGAUCCCAAAUGUGAUUAAUUAUAUUGAAUUUUAUAACUAUGCUUUGGAUCACAUCAACCUUAUGUCUGAGUACUAUCGAUGGCAAAACCCAUCCAAAACCAAUCGAUUCUCUUACUGUCAGUAUCCUUUCAUCUUAAGUAUUGUCGCAAAGAAAACAAUUUUACAAAGAGAUUCAGAGCAGCAAAUGAUAUUGAAUGCAAGGCAAAGUUUAUUAAAUCGCGCCAUUCAUCAGCAAAUGGCAGAUAUUGAUGUAUUCUUCUUGAAUCUAAACAUCCAUCGAUCAAAUUUAGUUUCCGAUUCCCUAAACGAAAUCGCUAAAAAACAAAAUGAUUUGAAGAAGAAACUUAAAGUGACAUUUAUUGGUGAACCUGGCCUCGAUAUGGGUGGUCUGACCAAAGAAUGGUUCUUAUUAUUAAUCAAGCAAAUAUUCCAUGAAGAUUAUGGGAUGUUUGUAUACCACAGCAAAUCUCGGUGUUAUUGGUUUAGUACGGCACAAAUGGGCAAUCUUAGGGAAUAUAACCUAAUAGGAGUUCUAAUGGGUCUCGCAGUCUAUAACUCAAUAAUACUCGAUCUUCACUUUCCGACCCUUUGCUUCAAAAAGUUGUUGAGUCCACCCGUUGUGCCACAAGAUGUGGAUCGAAAUCCGGUCGGAAUGUGUAACAUAACAAUGGAUGACUUCACUCAAGUUAUGCCCGAUGUAGCCGUCGGUCUCAAAGAGUUACUCUCAUAUGAAGGCAAUGUUGAAGAAGAUUUUUGUAUGAAUUUUCAGGUUUCUGUUGAAGAGUUUGGUGAAGUAAAGACUCACGUCCUUAAGCCUAAUGGACACGACAUUGUUGUUAAUAAUGAAAACAGAUUUGAAUAUGUUGAGCUAUAUAUGGAUCUAAUUCUCAAUAAAGCUAUAUUCCAACCUUUCAAAGCAUUUUAUUUGGGAUUUCAUAGCGUUUGUGCCUCUAAUGCUCUAAUUAUGUUACGACCGGAAGAGGUGGAAGUGCUUGUCUGCGGCUGUCCUACCAUUGAUAUGGAAGAACUAAGAAAAGCGACCAUUUAUGAUGGCUUUCAUGAAAAUGAUCUCAUUAUAAGACAAUUGUGGGAUAUAAUAAAGUCGUUGAGUUGGGAAAUGCAGAAGGAUUUCUUGAGAUUCGUGACGGGAAGCGAUAGAGUGCCCAUCAAUGGCAUGAUUGACAUGAACUUUAAAAUAACUGCACUUAACGGCAACACCGAUAUGCUGCCGACAUCGCACACGUGUUUCAAUCAACUCGUGUUACCCCGAUAUCCAUCUCAAGAGGUGCUCAAACAGAAGCUUAUUAUUGCCAUCUCUAAUGCCGAGGGCUUUGGACUCGAAUAGUGUAUACCUGAGUUUGGCAUUCAAUUUGUUACUUAUAGAAAAUGGUUAC